AUGGAGCACCAUAUCGACCGCAGCAUCAUCCCCGGCACCGUAGCGUUAGUCGAUGUGGAGCACGUCGUGCGUACGCGCCAUUCCGGGGAAAAUACCGACAUCAUCCUGGUCCCAACGCCAUCGGACGAUGUUGAUGACCCGUUGAAUUGGUCUCGAAGGCGCAAGCUCCUGUCUACCGUGUUCAGAUACACUAUUUUCUGCGGCUUCACAUCGGCAGUGGUCUACUCCGUCCUUGUGCCCCUGUCCGAUGCCACCGGGCUGUCAGUCUCGACUCUCAACGAGGGAACGGGCUACAUAUUCCUGCUGGCCGGAUGGGGGCUCCUCUUUUGGCAGCCCUUUGCUCUGCAUUAUGGCAAGAGGCCGACCUAUCUAAUUUCAUGUCUAGGAACCAUAGCCAUGACUAUGUGGGGACCAUACUGCAAAUCCAACGGCCAAUGGAUUGCACGAUGCAUCCUUUCCGGGUUUUUCUCGGCCCCCAUUGAGGCGCUGCCUGAAAUUUCUGUCACCGAUGUGUAUUUUACCCACGAGCGAGGGACAUACAUGGCACUGUAUGCAUUCUGUCUCAUGGGCAGCAACUAUUUUGCACCGGUCAUGAGUGGCUUUAUCGCAGCCGGACAAGCCUGGGAAUGGGUUUUCUACUACCCCAGCAUCUUCUUGGGAGCCGUGUUUCUGUUUCUGUUCUUCUUCAUGGAAGAAACCAACUAUUCGCGACCCACCAUCGGCGUCGCUCCAAUCGAGCUCUCGCCGGGAAAAUGCGCUGACCCUUCGGACAAGGAGAAAGCGACAGCAGACUCCGACUCUGCGAAUAAGAAGGCCGCAGAGGCCAGGGCAGGAUCCCAAGCAGGUCGUGCAGAGUGUACUUCUCUCCGACAAGAACGCUCUUAUGUUAAAAAAUCCUACUGGCGGAAGCUGGCGCUUUUCAACGUCGACAGGAGACUGCCAAACACCAUGCAUCUCCGCGCAUGGCAGUCACUAUAUUUUCUGCAGUGGCCGGUUACUUUCUAUGCUGGGUUCUCAUACGGCUCCUAUUUGAUUUGGUUUACUGUUCUCAACGGCACUGCUUCAAUCAUCCUUGGGUCAAAUCCAUAUAACUUUAGUACUUCGAUGGUCGGAUUGAGUUAUGUAGCCUGCUGCCUCGGGGUCGUCGCCGCGACUAUAUUCACCGGUCUCUUCAGCGACUGGCUCACAGUCCGCCUGGCGCGCCGGAACGGCGGUAUCAUGGAGGCUGAGCACCGACUGUACCCUUUCCUGCUGUGUGUCUUCUUCGUUCCUGCGUCUCUCAUCCUCUGGGGAGUGGGCGCAUCGCAUCAUGUGCAUUGGUUCGGAUUGAUUUUCGCCAUGUGGCUGCUCUCCUUCUGCAGUGCCUGCGGUGUCACGCUGAGCGUCAACUACAUGGUCGACAGCUACCACAAAGUGAGCGGCCAGGCCAUCACUACCAUGAUUCUCAUCCGCAACACCAUGUCGUUUGCCAUAUCAUAUGGGAUUACUCCAUGGAUCGAUAAUCUAAAGUACGAAGACUGCUUUAUAUCCGCAGCCUUUAUCGGCAUGGCCUGCUCGGCAUUCUUCUUGGUCAUGGUCAAAUACGGCAAGACUCUGCGUCUUCGGUCACGCGAGAAGUAUUGGGAUAUUGUUGCUUCCAAUGCUGCGCACGGCAUACAUCAUUAG